CAAUUUAAUCGGAAUGACGUGAUGAAAUUAUAAAACAAAAAAUAACCUCAGUGCUCAGUGUGAUGAUCAAUUCCAGGUUCUAGACGCGAGUGACAUUUAUUUGAAUCGUGGUUUAAAAAAGUCCUUCUUUAUGUUGGUCAUUCUGUUGUUUGACUUGCACCAGCUGACGAAGGCAUAUCUCCAAUGACAAUCGUUUUCGUGGUCAACAUUCAGACACAUUUGUGUUUCCAAUUGUACAGCAGGUUAGAAAAGUUAUCACUCUCCACUGAUGUAGUGAUUUAAUUACUAAAUUAAUAACAUAUAAAGGAAAAUCCAAAACAAAAGAAAACAAAAAAGGAAACAAUCAGCUGCUGAAACAUGAUUAAUUAAAUUGGUGACAUUAUUUAAAUUCUCCACUUACAAAUGAAAAAAUAAAAAGAGUAAUUGCAACAAAACAUUUAAUGAUUUGUCUGAGUAUAUUGAGGUAUUAAAACACAGUUCGUGAGUGUAUAUUACAAUAGUAAACGUAAGAAUUAAAAUUAAAGCAAGUCAGGAUGCCUCUGGUCGCUAGAAACUGCCCUCACAUGUGUACUCACUCGGACGUCUCGCUGGUAGAGGCGGUUAUAGCCCAAAAAGAAAAGUUUAACAAGUGUUUUGACUGUGAUAAUGGUGGUCCGAAUUUAUGGCUGUGUCUCUACCCUCGAUGUCGGUGGGUUGGCUGCUCCGAGAAUCACCUGGACCACAACACGAUACACAACGCCAACAAUCCAUCCCACUGUACCCACAUAAACCUCACGACCAACAGAAUUUGGUGUUACACUUGCAAACGGGAGGUACUUGCCAGGCAUGUACCCUCGCCUCCGGUGUCACCUAGUCACAUGGAUGUCAAAUUUACCGGUAAUAAAUUUUUCGGAGAUGGUCAAGCUAAUUUUGACAACAAAGUUGAAGCUGACAUGAGAGUUUUGGUCGACAGGUUUUACGGGAAUGAGAGAUAUUACCACGAAAAAUCUGGCGACACACCUGACAGCACAGAUUCAGAAGACAGCAAAGAUUUUCCGAGCAAACCUCGGGGUCUGGUUGGCCUACAAAACAUCGGAAACACUUGUUACAUGAACGCUGCGUUGCAGGCGUUGUCUAACGUGGUUCCACUGACGCAGUAUUUCAUGGACUGCAGUCACAUGGUGGUGUACAUUGGAAAAGAUAGGAAGCCAGGUCUCAGUCUGAGCUACAUGAACUUGAUAAAAGACAUGUGGAAUCACAAAACCCGGGGCUACGUAGUACCAAAUGGAAUUUUGUCAGGGAUUCGCGCAGUAAACCCGAUGUUCCGUGGGUACCAUCAGCAUGAUACCCAAGAAUUUCUCCGCUGCUUCAUGGACCAGCUGCAUGAAGAGCUAAAAGAACGGAUCGAGGACGACAGAGAAGUUAUUCAAAAUCUGAAAACUUUGGAGUCUUCAGACGAGGAGGAGACGGAGAUGGACGGCAAUGCGUCCAGUCAAUCCGACGCUGAGUACGAAACCUGCGACUCUGGUGUAAGCGAACAAAGUUCACUGAGCGACGAAGGGGAGCGCGGUAUGAAGCGUAGGUACUCGCGCGUUUCACAAUCAGAUAAGUUGAGAAAUAAAUUUACGACGCGAAAUAUUAAAAAAACUGCCAGCGAUGAGACUUUCUCUCAACCACAGAGGUCUAUCCAAAGUUCACCGACUAAACAUCGAGCCAAGAAGCCUGUAAAGACCAGGAGCAUAAUAAGCGACGUCUUUGAUGGAAAAUUACUGAGCAGUGUCCAGUGCUUGACCUGUGACAGAGUUUCUACAAGAGUUGAAACUUUUCAGGACUUGUCUUUGCCAAUUCCCAGCAGAGAUCACAUAGACAUGCUCCACCAGGGCUCGCUUACACCCCAAAAAGCUGGACCUUGCUCGGACGUGGUCUACGUUACGAAUCAGUCGGGUUGGAUAUCGUGGCUGGUCCAAUGGAUGCGUUCCUGGUUCUGGGGCCCGGUUGUCAGUCUUCACGACUGUCUCGCAGCAUUUUUCAGCGCUGACGAACUAAAAGGUGACAAUGUCUACAGUUGUGAAAAAUGCAAUAAACUCAGGAAUGGAAUUAAAUACUGCAAAGUCCUCGAAUUGCCUGAAGUACUUUGCAUACACUUGAAGCGGUUUCGACACGAGCUGAUGUUCAGUUCGAAAAUAGCCAGCUACGUGUCGUUUCCCCUCGACGACCUCGACAUGCGUCCUUACUUGCACAAGGAGUGUGUGUCAAAGGUCGCGACUUACGAUUUAAUUUCUGUCAUUUGUCACCACGGAACUGCGGGAGGUGGUCAUUACAUUUGCUACGCGCUUAAUACUGACUCGAACCAGUGGUUUGAGUUCGACGACCAGUGUGUCACCCAAGUUUCCCCAGAGACGGUGAAAAACUGCGAAGCCUAUGUCUUGUUUUAUAAAAAACGAUCGCCAGAGAUGCUCCAGUACCGAGACAAAACGCUUGAGUUGAUGAACAUUUCUUCGCGAGAGCCAGAGCUUAAUUUCUUCGUUUCCCGACAGUGGAUCAAUCGCUUCAAUACUUUUUCAGAGCCUGGGCCUAUUGAUAACUCAGAUUUUCUGUGUCCUCAUGGCGGUGUCAAUCCUGUGAGAGCUUCUUUUGUUGACAGGCUGAGUAUGCCGCUUCCUCAAGCUGUCUGGGAAUAUCUUUACAACACCUUUGGCGGCGGGCCAGCUUGCUCUCAUUUGUAUGAGUGUCCUGUUUGCGAAGAAAAAUACGAGACGCUACAAAAACGUCGCCAGUAUGAGACAGAUAUUUUUCAAAGAUAUAAUAAUAUUGAAAAUCCUACAGCGAUCUACGCGGUAGCGAUGUCCUGGUUGAGGCAAUGGCAGAGCUUUAUCAAGGGUAAGGAGACCCAGCCACCUGGUCCUAUUGAUAAUUCUUCUAUUAUUAUCAAUGUCAAUGGGAUGAAAGAUUUGAAACCUGGUUCUGAUUGCGCUCAAGUUUCUGAAGAAGUUUGGCAGUGUUUCCUCAAUAUCUACGGUGGAGGUCCAGAACUAAUGCUUUCUUGUCUAAGGCCGGCUCAAGUCCAGUCAAAUGCUUCGUUACAUUCCACAUCAGCUCCUAAUUUGAUAGAACAGAAUCCUAAACAAAUUCACACGGAAGUUAAAGCAAGCAAUACUAGUAACAAAGUUGCUAAAAGCUCCGACACAAUUUCUCAGCAAGACAGUGCUAUCGAGAGUGUUCCAUCUGACUGUGAUUCACUUAAAUCACAAAGAGAUACUAAUACAUAAAAAAAAGAAACUGAAAAAUUAAACAGCAUUUGGCAUUUUAUUUAAACUGCAUUAAUGUGUUAUUUGUUAUUUAUUUGGUUUAUCAAUUUUUUCGUACCAUUGCGUUUUAAGUGCACUAUAUAUAUUUAUAAUACAAAACGUUGAUCGUCAAUUUAUUACUAUUUUA